UGCUGUGUGUGCAUGUUAUGUAAAUGGCUCGCUGGAGUGUGAAGGGAGGAAAUUAAAAGCGACGCUUUGCCUUCGGUCGCUCUUUCAAGCAAGCAGAGAAGCGCUGGGUCUGCAGGCAGCGAACACAUAAAGGCGUCAGGAUGAGGAUUGCAGUGAUUGGUCAGAGUCUGUUUGGCCAGGAAGUGUACAAGGAGCUAAGGAAGGAUGGGCACACCAUUGUAGGAGUCUUCACAAUCCCUGACAAGGAUGGCAAGGCAGAUCCACUGGCCACAGAAGCGGAGAAGGAUGGCGUGCCUGUCUUUAAGUUCCCCCGCUGGCGACUCAAGGGCCAGGCUAUUCAGGAGGUGGUGACUCAAUACAAGGCUACAGGUGCGGAGCUCAACGUCCUGCCCUUCUGCUCCCAGUUCAUUCCUAUGGAGGUUAUCGACCACCCAAGACAUGGCUCCAUCAUCUACCACCCAUCCCUACUGCCUCGCCACAGGGGAGCCUCUGCUAUCAACUGGACACUGAUCCACGGUGACAAAAAGGGCGGGUUUACAGUGUUCUGGGCUGAUGACGGACUGGAUACUGGUCCCAUCCUGCUGCAGAGAGAGUGUGAUGUUGAACCCAAUGACACUGUCAACACCAUCUACAAGAGAUUUCUCUUCCCAGAGGGAGUAAAAGGCACAGUGGAAGCUGUGAGGCUGAUUGCAGAGGGGAAGGCCCCGAAGAUCACACAGCCAGCGGAGGGAGCCACGUAUGAGUGCAUCCAAAAAAAGGACAAUGCCAAGAUUGACUGGAACCAGUCUGCUGAGGCUCUCCACAACUGGAUCAGAGGAAACGACAAAGUGCCGGGAGCCUGGGCCGAGGUCGAUGGACAGAAAGUGACUUUCUAUGGCUCCUCUUUGGUGGAUAAUGGGACCGCAGUUAAUGGUCAACCCCUGGAAAUCCCUGAAGCCAGCCAACCGGGUAUCGUCACUAAAUCUGGCCUGGUGCUGUUUGGCAAUGACGGCAAGACUCUGCUGGUGAAGAAUCUGCAGUUUGAGGAUGGAAAGAUGAUUGCUGCAGCGCAGUACUUUCGCUCUGGGAGCAGUGCUGCUGUGGAGCUCACUGAGGAGGAGAAAACCUUCGCUGUACAGAUGAGGGCAGUGUGGCAGAGUAUCCUGAGUAAUGUGAGCCAGAUUGAAGACUCCACAGAUUUUUUCAAAUCUGGUGCUGCUUCCAUGGAUGUGGUCAGGCUGGUGGAGGAGGUGAAACUUCGAGCCAGCAGUUGCCAGCUGCAGAACGAGGAUGUCUACAUGAACACAACCUUUCAGGAUUUCAUCCAAAUGUGUGUGAGGAAGCUCAGAGGGGAGGACGAUGAAGAGGAGUUGGUAGUCGACUAUGUGGAGAAGAACAUAAACAACAUGACAAUAAAGAUGCCUCAUCAGUUAUUCAUCAACGGAGAGUUUGUUGAUGCAGAGGGAGGAAAGACCUACAAAACCAUCAACCCCACUGACGGCACGGCCAUCUGCGAUGUGUCUCUGGCCCAGAUCAGUGAUGUGGACAGGGCAGUGGGUGCAGCUAAAGAGGCCUUUGAAGAGGGAGAGUGGGGCAAGAUGAACCCAAGGGACAGAGGAAGACUCAUCUACAGGCUGGCUGACCUGAUGGAGGAGCACCAGGAGGAGCUGGCCACUAUUGAAGCCAUUGACUCUGGAGCUGUGUACACUCUGGCCCUCAAGACCCACGUGGGCAUGUCCAUCCAGACUUUCCGCUAUUUUGCUGGCUGGUGUGACAAGAUCCAAGGCAGCACCAUCCCCAUCAACCAGGCCAGGCCCAAUCGUAACCUGACCUUUACCAAGAAGGAACCAAUGGGAGUUUGUGCCAUUGUGAUUCCUUGGAACUACCCUCUAAUGAUGCUGGCCUGGAAGACAGCAGCCUGCCUGGCAGCUGGAAACACAGUGGUCCUCAAACCUGCACAGGUCACCCCACUGACAGCACUGAAGUUUGCUGAACUGGCAGCAAGAGCGGGACUGCCUAAAGGAGUGAUUAACAUUCUGCCUGGAUCAGGUGCCCUGGUGGGUCAGCGUCUCUCCGACCAUCCCGACGUCCGGAAACUUGGCUUCACAGGUUCCACAGAGAUUGGUAAACACAUCAUGAAGAGCUGUGCAGUCAGCAAUGUAAAGAAAGUCUCUCUGGAGCUUGGAGGAAAAUCACCACUUAUCAUCUUCAGUGACUGCGAGAUGGACAAGGCCGUGCGCAUGGGCAUGAGCUCAGUGUUCUUUAACAAGGGAGAGAACUGCAUCGCUGCUGGCAGACUGUUUGUGGAAGACUCCAUUCAUGACCUGUUUGUACAAAAAGUGGUUGAGGAAGUCAAAAAGAUGAAGAUUGGUGAUCCACUGGACCGCUCAACAGACCAUGGACCUCAGAACCACAAGGCCCACCUGGACAAACUGGUGGAAUAUUGUCAGACUGGCGUCAAGGAGGGAGCCACCCUGGUCUGUGGUGGCAGACAGGUACAACGACCAGGUUUCUUCUUUGAACCCACAGUGUUUACUGAUGUGCAGGACCACAUGUUCAUUGCUAAAGAGGAGUCUUUCGGCCCUGUUAUGAUCAUCUCCAAGUUUAAGAGCGGUGAAGUGGAUGACGUCCUGAGGAGGGCCAAUGCUACAGAGUAUGGCCUGGCAUCAGGUGUUUUCACACGGGACAUCAGCAAAGCACUGUAUGUCAGUGAAAGGCUCAAUGCCGGCACAGUUUUCGUCAACACCUACAACAAGACCGACGUCGCUGCGCCCUUCGGAGGCUUCAAGCAGUCCGGAUUUGGUAAAGACCUGGGACAAGACGCUCUCAACGAAUACCUGAAGACAAAGGCAGUGACCAUUGAGUAUUAGGUGAUAUCACAGGAGAAACAAGACCGUAAGAGGGCAGACUCAGGUAGACAUGUGGACAUUGCUAGAGAAACACACUGCGAUACCAGGAUGUUGGCAUUAAAAGUGUACGUGCCUUAAUAUGCUAACUGAUAAGUAUGUCUAACAUGUUGAAUAAUCAGUAACAGAGCCUUGAGCCACACUGUAAUGAGGAUUGUUCUGAUCUACACAAAUGGUGAAUGGUAGCUCAGUGAGUGGACUGUGAUUUAACUAAAAGGGUUUUUAUUUUAAUACAUCUUUAAUUUCUAAUAUGGCUUACAUUAGGUCAGAAAAGUCUUGCAAUGUAACAUUUCCAAUAACAAUUAUUGGUUACGAAUUAAAACUGCUGCACAACCAA